UGACAGGACUCACUCCACCACUUAUGAACCACCACUUUCUUCAUCUUCCUCCUUGAGGCUUCUCGGAUUUUGCAGCUCAAGCAGAUACAAUCCUAUUUCCACAAUGGCGGAACGUGCAGCCCAAAUCGCCGGCCAUCUCAACUACCCCAAAGGCCUCCUUGCCGGUCAAGUAGCUAUCAUCACCGGCUCAGGACAAGGCAUUGGCGCUGAAACAGCUCGCCUUUUUGCCAAUGAAGGUGCCAGAGUCGUAGUCUCCGACAUUGAUGCUGCGAAAGCAGCACAGGUCGCCGAGAACAUCAACAAGUCGGGUGGGAAGGCACUCGCAGUUCCAGGUGACAUGCUAGAUGCGGAAUAUAUCAAGACACUUGUGAAAAAGGCAGCGGAAUUUGGAAAUGGAAAGAUUCACAUCAUCGUGAAUAAUGCGGGAUACACAUGGGAUGGUGUAAUUCACAAGAUGACCGACAAACAAUGGGAAAACAUAAUUGCUCUCCACAAUACCGCCCCAUUCAAACUCGUCCGGGAAGCUGCUCCCUUCUUCCGCGUCACUGACGGCGAGCCACGAUGCAUAAUCAACAUCUCCUCUACAUCCGGCGUCCACGGGAAUGCCGGACAAGCCAAUUACGGUCUCGCGAAAGCAGGAAUAAACGGCUUGACGAAAGUCAUUGCUAAGGAAUGGGGACCAAAAUUCGGCGUCAGAGCCAACUCGAUUGCUUUCGGACAUAUCUUGACACGAUUGACGGCUGCGAAGGAAGAUGGUGCGUUUGUCACUACGCCGGAUGGAGAGAAGAUUGCUUUGGGCAUACCGAAGGGACAGGGCUCACAAUCGGCGAAUGCGAAUCUUGAUAUUCCGUUGAGGAGAGCUGGGACGGCUACGGAAGCUGCAAGCAGUAUCUUGGCUGUAGCUAGUCCCCUGUUCAGUUACAUCACUGGGCAAAUUAUCAUGGUUACAGGAGGUCGCAAUAUGUAGGGAAAGUAUCUAUUGCUCCAGGUUAAUCAACAGUGUAUUCGGAGUUCACAAAUUUGCACCGCUUAUCCUCAGUGGGAUCUGGAGGUCUACAUGUGUCCUUUCAGCCUCUGUUAUCGUUGUGUCCUAUCUUAGCAUAGAACUUCCUAGACAACGAGUUGUCAUAUGUCAGAAGAAAGACCUGCCACGGGUGAGCCGAACCAACGCGUCGGCGUUGUAGGGCUCCGUAUAUCUUCUCGAAGGCGGAUGAAAUGAGAACGAUUUUCUUUCCUCGUG